CUGUGGAGAUGUUGAGGAUGGAAAGCGGAAACCCGAUGAGCCCUCCCUACUUUUCCCAUAGUCCUCGUUUCAUUUAAUGGAUUCGUAGGUCCCAUUCGAAUCGACUAACAUCAUCAAGGGACCGACUCUUUCUCUACAGUAAGGUGCCGCCCUUGUAACUAUUUUUGGGAUCACUCCUUCACUCACAAGAACACUGUAUUCGGGCCUUCGGUUUCUAUGUAUAGGGGGCAUUCCUCAUUUGCUCCUGCUCAGCAUGAAUUGAUAUCUUUACACAACUGGUCGUAGAUCAUAGAAGUAAUUGUCAUCGUGGACAAGAUGCCUCUGAAUGAGACCGCAUACCAUAACAAGCCAAGAGGGGCUAAGGAGACAGAUGGCUGGGUCUUCAACCGGUCGCAGCACACAGCACCACAAUAUGGCCUGUCCAAAUCAGGAAAUUCAAAGACGACCGCAGCUUGGCAAGGUAAACCUAAACACGACUAAUUACAGUUUUAUUGUUAAAUGUCCCGACUAGUUUCUGUUUCUUCGUACUACAUGGUAUCUAGUAUUGGAAAAAUGGGUCCGUUGUUAGAUGUACUAGGUGGAAUACAUAAAAAUAGUUUUAAUAAAUAUUUUCAACAUCUGAAGAGUCCUCGUCGAGUUGAUAGUCAUUUAUGCUUUUCUCAACUCAGAGUCACCUUAGAAGUCCUCGUCGAGUUAAUAGUCUUCAUUUAUGCUUUUCUCAACAGCUCGUUACGCGCAACGAGGUGUAUGGAAGCCGGUGCCGGCUUUUAGGGAUACCUACAUAGACCAACAGAUUAGGCAGACAACGUGGGUCCCAGGUGCCGGAACACAUAGAACUGGACGGGAGUUUCCUGUUUUUAACAAGAAGUUAUGGUCGGGGUGAAAGUGAUAGAGAGGCAUAGUGAUAGAUUCGAAAACUGAGAAUAACCGCGUUACUGAUAAUGAAAUAAGGGAGGCACUAGCUUAUAGCAUCAAGGCUACUCUUCCUUCUCAUCAGUAUCUCGGUUAUUUUCGUCUGUUACUCGCUUAUUUCCGUUUUUAGACUAGAUUUUUGAUUUUCUCUAAGAAAAGACGAUGUGGAUGCGAAUAGAUGCACGAAGGAGAGCGUGCCGAAUUUCACUUGGCCCAAGAUCAAGUCGGAAAGAUUCGAGUGCACUGUGGUAAUAUUAAUUGUCGCUUCAACUACUUCAUGUUAACUUAUUGUGGUACAUUAUUGAACGCGUGAGACGAUCGGGUCGCGCGCGCAAUAAUAAUAAUAAUAAUAAUAAUAUUGAAGAUAUAGGAGGACCUCUCCUUUCUCCGUUUUACGCCGCUCAACCUGUACAUCCACUUCAAGAACAGGGAUAGUAAUGACGCACGCAAUUAUUAUCUUUUUGAUGUUGAAGAGAUGACUACUUUUACCACAGUGCACUCCACCUCAACUACUGAGUAGCAUUAAAAACAUUAACAUUUUCUUUUUGAUGUCUCGUUCUCCCAUGGUUAGUUUGGUAGCAAAGUAAAAGUAAGGACUUGAAGAUUCUUGUUUCACCCAUCUUAUAACCCAAAACUUCUCCUCGACAGAAACUAUCGCGAUACCCAACCUCUCUCCUGGUUCCUGGACCUGGUGCCUAUGCUGCGCAGACGUUCUUAGGCGGCAACAAUGGUGGCAUGAGGCGCAAACAGAGUGAUGCGGGUGAGAAAUUCAACUACCAUUAAACAUGGAGAGUAGACGGUCCUCAAUAUCUAGCAUUGUACCGAGAACGGUCCUCAAUAUCUCGAGAAAGGACCUCAAUAUCUAGCAUGGUAUGGUUUUGAGAACUCUAUUUCUUAUAAUGUUUAUCUAUUUCCGUCUAAGUCUAACACGCUAAUGAUAGAAGGGAAACAACAUCUAUUGCUUAAAUCUUAUCAACAACACAUGUACCAUUACGUUUACUUGUCCAGAGCUGGCUGCGAACAAUCUAGCUGUCAUGAAAAUUUUUUUGGUCUGCUUAGUCUACUUAGAAAUAUGUGAGGAAAUCCACAACUUUAUGUCAUUCAGCAUUGUAACUCUGAAGAAGUGUAGUUACACUAGCACUUCUAUUGUUUUGUGUUUGGUGUAAGGACCAAAAUGCUAGCAAGUCUGCUUGUACGAUUUUUGUGACGAAUAUUUGAACACAAAUGAACAAGGACGUACCAUCAAGUCAGGGUCCUAUUUUCAAGAGCUUGCAAUUAUGAAGAAU